CAUGCUCUCUCUCCCCCACCGAGUAACCUGGAGAUUUAAAAGCCGCCCGCUGGCGCGCGUAGGGGAAGCAGGGGUCCGAGCUUGCACGCGCCAGCCCCAGGUGACAGCCGCGCGCCCCGCCAGGAUCUGACUGAUGAGAGGUGUCCCCGCCAAGGCACUAGACAGUGACGUGUUAGCGUGGGGUGAGAUGCCACACUGGUUCCAAAGGGCUGGCAGAAAUGGGAGUCUGGCUCAACUCUAGGAAGUUGGUGGUAGCAAGAAGGAGAAGCCACGGCAGGGCUGAGCCGUCUCACCUGUGGAGUGCGUGAAUGGCCCCUGGAGCCCUCACUGCCCUGCCCAUCAUGAUCCAGAGGCUGUGGGCCAGCCGUCUGCUACGACAUCGGAAAGCCCAGCUCCUGCUGGUCAACCUGCUGACCUUUGGCCUGGAGGUGUGUCUGGCUGCUGGCAUUACCUACGUGCCACCCCUCCUGCUGGAAGUCGGGGUGGAGGAGAAGUUCAUGACCAUGGUGUUGGGCAUUGGCCCAGUGCUGGGCCUGGUCUCUGUCCCGCUCCUAGGCUCAGCCAGUGACCAGUGGCGUGGGCACUAUGGCCGCCGGAGACCGUUCAUCUGGGCUCUGUCCCUGGGUGUCCUGCUAAGCCUCUUUCUCAUCCCAAGGGCUGGCUGGCUGGCAGGGCUGCUGUGCCCAGAUACCAGGCCCCUGGAGUUGGCCCUGCUGAUCUUGGGAGUGGGGCUGCUGGACUUCUGUGGUCAGGUGUGCUUUACCCCGCUGGAGGCCUUACUGUCCGACCUCUUCCGGGACCCAGACCACUGCCGCCAAGCCUUCUCUGUCUACGCCUUCAUGAUCAGCCUCGGGGGCUGCCUGGGCUACCUGCUACCUGCCAUUGACUGGGACGCCAGCGCCCUGGCCCCGUACCUGGGCUCUCAGGAAGAAUGCCUGUUUGGCCUCCUCACUCUCAUCUUCCUGGCCUGCAUGGCGGCCACUCUGUUCGUGGCCGAGGAGGCCGUGCUGGGCCCACCCGAGCCAGCGGAAGGGCUGUCGGUCCCCCCCCUGCCACCCCGCUGCUGCCCCGGCCGUGUCGGCCUGGCUUUCCGCAAUCUGGGAACCCUGUUUCCCCGGCUGCAGCAGCUGUGCUGCCGGAUGCCCCGCACCCUGCGCCGGCUCUUUGUGGCUGAGCUGUGCAGCUGGAUGGCACUCAUGACGUUCACACUCUUCUACACAGACUUUGUGGGAGAGGGGCUGUACCGAGGGGUACCCAGAGCCGAGCCAGGCACGGAGGCCCGGAGACACUAUGAUGAAGGCAUCCGGAUGGGCAGCCUGGGACUCUUUCUGCAGUGUGCUAUCUCUCUGGUCUUCUCCCUGGUCAUGGACAGGCUGGUGCAGCGGUUUGGCACACGGUCCAUCUAUCUGGCCAGUGUGAUGACCUUCCCUCUGGCUGCUGGUGCCACGUGCCUGUCACACAGCGUGGUCGUAGUGACAGCCUCGGCUGCCCUCACCGGGUUCACCUUCUCGGCCUUGCAGAUCCUGCCUUACACGCUGGCCUCCCUCUACCAUCGCGAGAAACAGGUGUUCCUGCCCAAAUACCGAGGGGACGCUGGGUGUGGUAGCAACGAGGACAGCCAGACAACCAGCUUCUUGCCAGGCCCUAAGCCAGGAGCCCCCUUUCCCAAUGGCGGCGGCAGCAUCCUGGGAACCACACCUGCACUGUGCGGGGCCUCUGCCUGCGACGUCCCCAUGCGAGUGGUGGUGGGUGAGCUACCUGAGGCCAAGGUUGUUCCCGGACGGGGCAUCUGCCUGGACCUGGCCAUCCUGGACAGUGCCUUCCUGCUGUCCCAGGUGGCUCCAUCCCUGCUCAUGGGCUCCAUUGUCCAGUUGAGUCAUUCUGUCACUGCCUACAUGGUAUCAGCUGCAGGCUUGGGUCUGGUCGCCAUUUACUUCGCUACACAGGUAGUGUUUGAUAAGAAUGACUUGGCCAAGUACUCCGUGUAGGAAGAAUGCUGGAAGGCAUCGAAGAAAGAAAGGGUCUGCGGCCUCACGGAGUCUCAGCCUUAGAGGGCAUGCUACAACGCUGGCCUUAUGGGUCUGGUGUUGCCUAAGUGGGGCAGCUCUCUGCUGCCACCUGAAGGCAGUGAGGUGUAUCGUUGCACAGGGAGAAGCUGGGGCUUCCCACUCUGGUUUUAGAGCUUGGCUGGCCUGCUGGCAGCUACUCACAUGGGUGUGUCGGUCUGAAAGUUCUUCGGGGAUGAAAAUGCAGGCUUGUACAGGUGCAUUACCAAGGCUCAGAGUUAAUAGCUCUGAGUCACCACGGAAGGAUUUGGGGACCUGAAUGAACUUCCCUCUAGGUCCCUUGUCCAUACAUAUUCUGUCACUGUUGUAUGGAAGCUUCUCGUAGGAAACCCUCCUCCACAGGGUUUGACUGCAUGGACGUUGGAAGGAGGAGCCUGAACGGGCAAGAUGAAAUCCCGUGGUCCACAGCACUACCUUUCUGCUGAGUCCCCUACCCCAACCUGUCCCGAGAAAUGGCUCAGCUUAUUGGCCCUUGUAUUGCCAUCAUGGAGACAUCGGCCUUUAAAUAUUUAAUUUAUUUAUUUAACACAUUAGAAGUAAAAUUCAUUCCCAGAUUUUUUUUUUUUUUGGCCUAGGAGUUGAGUAGGGUGGGAACCCCAAGAACUGGUUCCCCCAAACGAAAAGCUGAUACUGCCAGACCCCUCUCCUAGGGUGAUAGGUCGCCUGGCCUAGUCAGUACCUUGGGCAAUCUGUCACCCUAAUUGAGGGAAAGUGGAAUGGGGCUCAAGAUCUACACAGCAUACCAGGUCCCAUUUUCCCCUUGUCCCUGCCUGGCCCCUGACUCCGCACAGCCCCCUCUGAGAGUGGACCCAGGAAGCGAUUGCCCUCCCAACUCUGUCUACCAGCUCCAUAGCCUCUAUGUGGGGCUUUUUGGACCCUAAGCACAAGUGUGGAUCCUUAGGCCUCUGCCUAUCACAGCCUCUGGGGUCUGUCUGCCACAGCCUGGGGAAUCUCACACAAACUCAGGAGUACUCCCUGCCAGAGCCAAGGAGCUCUUGUCUAGGGGGUGGAUUUCAGCGCUCAAUUGCAAUAAUGUUGUGUCUUAUUUAUUUAGCAGAGUAAAUAUUUUAUACAGUAUGUGAGAAAUCAGAGUAUAAAGUUUAUGGUGAUGAAAUUAAAAGCUCCUUCUAUGUUU